AUGGACUCAACCCUCACAGCAAGUGAAAUUCGGCAGCGAUUUAUAGAUUUCUUCAAGAGAAAUGAGCACACCUAUGUUCACUCAUCUGCUACCAUCCCAUUGGAUGACCCCACUUUGCUCUUUGCCAAUGCGGGCAUGAACCAGUUCAAACCCAUCUUCCUGAACACUAUUGAUCCGUCUCACCCCAUGGCAAAGCUGAGCAGAGCUGCCAAUACCCAGAAAUGCAUCCGGGCUGGGGGCAAACACAACGACCUGGACGACGUGGGCAAGGAUGUCUAUCAUCACACCUUCUUUGAGAUGUUGGGCUCCUGGUCUUUUGGAGAUUACUUCAAGGAAUUGGCAUGUAAGAUGGCUCUGGAACUUCUCACCCAAGAGUUCGGCAUUCCGGUGGAAAGACUUUAUGUUACUUACUUUGGUGGGGAUGAAGCAGCUGGCUUAGAACCGGACUUGGAGUGCAAACAGAUCUGGCAAAACUUGGGGGUGGAUGACGCUAAAAUCCUCCCCGGCAACAUGAAGGAUAACUUCUGGGAGAUGGGUGACACAGGCCCAUGUGGUCCCUGCAGUGAGAUCCACUAUGACCGGGUCGGAGGUCGGGAUGCUGCACAUCUUGUCAACCAGGAUGACCCCAACGUGCUGGAGAUCUGGAACCUCGUGUUCAUCCAAUAUAACAGGGAAACCGAUGGAACUCUGAAACCUCUUCCUAAGAAAAGUAUUGACACAGGGAUGGGCCUGGAGCGACUGGUGUCUGUGCUGCAGAAUAAGAUGUCCAACUACGACACUGACCUCUUUGUCCCUUACUUUGAAGCCAUUCAGAAGGGCACAGGUGCCCGGCCAUACACUGGGAAAGUUGGUGCUGAUGAUGCUGAUGGGAUUGACAUGGCCUACCGGGUGCUGGCUGAUCAUGCUCGGACCAUCACUGUGGCUCUAGCCGAUGGCGGCCGACCUGACAACACAGGGCGGGGGUAUGUGUUGAGACGGAUUCUCCGCCGGGCAGUGCGAUACUCCCAUGAGAAACUCAAUGCCAGCAAGGGUUUCUUUGCUACAUUAGUAGACGUUGUUGUCCAGUCCCUGGGAGAUGCAUUUCCUGAACUAAAGAAGGACCCAGAUAUGGUGAAGGACAUCAUUAAUGAAGAGGAAGUGCAGUUUCUCAAGACUCUCAGCAGAGGGCGUCGCAUACUGGACAGGAAAAUUCAGAGCCUGGGAGACAGCAAGACCAUUCCCGGGGACACUGCGUGGCUUCUCUAUGACACCUAUGGCUUCCCCGUGGAUCUCACUGGUCUGAUUGCUGAAGAGAAGGGCCUGCUGGUAGAUAUGGACGGCUUUGAAGAGGAGAGGAAACUGGCCCAGCUGAAAUCACAGGGCAAGGGAGCUGGAGGGGAAGACCACAUUAUGCUGGACAUCUAUGCUAUUGAAGAGCUUCGGGGCAAGAGUCUGGAGGCAACAGAUGACUCUCCAAAGUACAGUUACCUUUCGGACUCCAGUGGGAGCUACGCGUUUGAGAGCGCAGUGGCUACAGUGAUGGCUCUGCGCAGGGAUAAGAUGUUCGUGGAGGAGGUGUCCACGGGCCAGGAGUGUGGAGUGGUGCUGGACAAGACCUGCUUCUAUGCCGAGCAAGGAGGGCAGAUCUACGAUGAAGGCUACCUGGUGAAGGUCGAUGACAGCAGUGAAGACAAAACUGAGUUUACAGUGAAGAACACUCAGGUGCGAGGAGGGUAUGUGCUACACAUAGGAACGAUCUACGGCAACCUGAAAGUGGGAGAUCAAGUCCGACUGUUUAUUGAUGAGCCCCGACGUAGACCUGUCAUGAGCAACCAUACAGCCACCCACAUUCUGAACUUCGCCCUGCGCUCCGUGCUUGGGGAAGCUGACCAGAGAGGCUCCCUGGUUGCCCCGGACCGCCUUCGGUUUGACUUCACUGCCAAGGGAGCUAUGUCCACCCAGCAGAUCAAGAAGGCUGAGCAGAUUGUUAACGAGAUGAUUGAGGCCGCCAAGCCCGUCUACACCCAGGAUUGUCCCCUGGCGGCAGCGAAAGCCAUCCAGGGCCUGCGCGCUGUGUUCGAUGAAACCUAUCCUGACCCUGUGCGAGUCGUCUCCAUUGGGGUCCCAGUGUCCAAGCUGCUAGACGACCCCUCUGGCCCUGCCGGCUCCCUCACUUCUGUCGAGUUCUGUGGGGGAACUCACCUGCAGAAUUCGAGUCACGCGGGAGCUUUUGUGAUUGUGAGUGAAGAAGCGAUUGCCAAGGGCAUCCGGAGGAUCGUGGCUGUCACAGGUGCUGAAGCCCAGAAGGCCCUCAGGAAAGCAGAGAGCUUGAAGAAGUCUCUCUCUGUCAUGGAGGCCAAAGUGAAGGCCCAGACUUCGCCCAACAAGGACGUGCAGAGGGAGAUCGCUGACCUUGGAGAGGCCCUGGCCACUGCAGUCAUCCCCCAGUGGCAGAAGGAUGAGUUCCGGGAGACCCUCAAAUCCCUGAAGAAAAUCAUGGAUGACCUAGACCGGGCCAGCAAAGCUGAUGUCCAGAAACGAGUGCUGGAGAAGACAAAGCAGCUCAUUGAUAGCAACCCCAACCAGCCCCUCGUCAUCCUGGAGAUGGAGAGCGGCGCGUCCGCCAAGGCCCUGAACGAAGCCUUGAAGCUCUUCAAGACGCAUUCCCCACAGACGUCGGCCAUGCUCUUCACAGUGGAUAAUGAGGCUGGCAAGAUCACAUGCUUGUGUCAAGUCCCUCAGAAUGCAGCCAACCGGGGCCUGAAAGCCAGUGAGUGGGUGCAGCAGGUGUCAGGCCUGAUGGAUGGCAAAGGUGGUGGUAAAGAUGUGUCUGCUCAGGCCACAGGCAAGAAUGUGGGCUGCCUGCAGGAGGCACUGCAGCUGGCCACUUCCUUUGCCCAGCUCCGCCUGGGAGAUGUGAAGAAUUGA